ACAGGAAGCUGUCAUCCUCUCGGCCUUGUAAUAAGGCAUUCUGGGUAAAACCGUCCUUCCUUUCCGGCUGCCGAGCCAUCAGUGAGCCAUCAUGGGUGCCUACAAGUACAUGCAGGAGCUAUGGAGGAAGAAGCAGUCGGAUGUCAUGAGGUUCCUCCUGCGUGUCCGCUGCUGGCAGUACCGCCAGCUGUCUUCUCUCCACCGGGCGCCGCGUCCCACCCGUCCCGACAAGGCUCGUAGACUGGGCUACAAGGCCAAGCAAGGGUAUGUUAUCUACCGUAUCAGAGUUCGCCGUGGUGGUCGCAAACGCCCAGUGCCCAAGGGUGCAACCUAUGGCAAGCCUGUGAACCAUGGUAUAAACCAGCUGAAGUUUGCUCGCAGCCUGCAAUCUGUUGCUGAGGAGCGUGCUGGCCGUCACUGUGGAGGACUUCGAGUUCUUAACUCUUACUGGGUUGGUGAGGACUCUACCUACAAGUUCUUUGAGGUCAUCCUCAUUGACACCUUCCACAAGGCAAUCAGACGCAAUCCAGAUACCCAAUGGAUCACAAAGGCUGUGCACAAGCACAGAGAAAUGCGCGGCCUGACAUCUGCUGGCAAGAAGAGCCGUGGCCUUGGAAAGGGCCACAAGUUCCAUCUCACAAUUGGUGGCUCCCGUCGUGCUGCCUGGAGAAGACGCAACACUCUGCAGCUCCACCGUUACCGUUAAUUGGAAUAGUACUUGUAAAUUUCACAAAAAUAAAGUUCUUUGGACAAAUG